AUGUCUUAUUAUGACAUCGACUCGAUUCUGACAGAUGCCCAGAAACUACCAUGUACAUUCGAGCUUGAUGUCCCUGGGCUUGGUAUUUUAGAGGGCAACCCUGGUGAAAACAUCAAAGCGGGGACACGCAUUGAUCUUCCAUUAUGGCUGGGUGAGAUGCUCUCUAUCGGGGCACGGCUAGGAACAUCGCGACUAGUCACGCUUGAUAUCCCGUCUGCGCUCUCAGAGCGGGUGAUGAAUGCUUUGAAAGCCGAUCCUCGGACCGUUGACCUGCGCUCGUUGGCGCCAAACUAUUACCGCCUGAGUGAAAGGGUUCUAGAACUGUUUGAGGAGGAAGAGAUGGUCGAUAUCCUGAGUAAUACAUUCAAGAAGCGUGCCGCCGAGAUUGCUGACCACGCGCACAACCCAAAAGGCGCCCUUGGCGAUGGUGUGGAGUUUCUAAGAGGUCUCGACGAGACAGAAAGACAAUUGUUCCGCGUGGCUCACGAUAGUGCGAAAGGAACGCGGGUUUGGGCUGGAGAGGCGAAGAAACGAUGA